AGUGAGGCUUUGGAAACUAAACACCUGCUCUUAAUUUUCAUCAUGCACAUGGUGAGAUUCUUGCCUGCAACAAUUUAUAUUUUCAGCAGGUGGCAGACAGGUCUAUGGUAUAUCGCAUAAGGAAAAAAGUUGCUUUUUGGAGCAUCUAGUGCCUUGAACUUUUUUUAUUGGUUUAAACUUAAUUAUAAGCCAUUUCAGUUUCCAAGUGUUGAAUGUGUUCUCUUAAACUGGAAGUGAUAGUGGGUGGUUAUGUUGUGAAAAUAUGCUUUUUGUUAAAUCUGCCGUUACCAGUCCAUAUAGUCAAGAUUUUAUUUGAUCAGUCAUGAAGUAAAAACCACUCCGUGGUUCCGAAUCAAUCUGAGUCAUUCCCGCCCCCAUCCAGCAGAUGUCAGUAAGGACAUUUCUGCUGCGAAUGCGUGAUGACGUAGGACGCACACUGGAAAAGAAGCGCGCUGCAAAAAGCCGGGAAUGCUGACAGACUGCAACAUGUCUCUGCUUAAACCAUUCAAUAAGUUACCUGAUUUGAACACUGCAAAUAUCCUGCUGGUGGAGAGUGAGGAGCAGCUCCAGCAGAGUUUAGCCAACGUGCUCGUGGAGGAGAAGGCUGUCACUGUGCAUGUGAGGCUUGCUCGGAGUUUGCCUCUGCCUGUGGAGAAUGAGGAGAGUCGACCGAGGAUAGACUUGGUGGUGUUCAUUAUCAACCUGUCCUCAGAGCACAGUUUUCAGUCAGCAGAAUCUUCCCUGAAAUAUUUGGAUCCUGGGUAUUUCCUUGGAAAGGUCUGCUUCAUGGUCACUAACGCUCGUAACGCCUCGGUCCCAGGGGAGCGUCUGGAUGCUGCCAGAAAGCUGGCGGCUUUGCACCACUGCCCGCUGCUCUUCGCAGAGGAUCAGACACCAGAUGGUGUGACGGAAGCUGCACAGAGGCUGAUGACCAUCCUGAAGGUGUCGGCCGGCCUUGUUCCCAUGGCGACUGCGCUCUACCUGUCCAGUUUGACUCGCUGCACAGUGCCCCCAGACAUCGACCAACCCAGCUUUGAUUGACCUCAGGCCAAUGAUUCUGUCACAGUGCCGUCUGCUAUUUAUUAGUUACACUCGCACAUGAUCUGGAGCCCAGAAACAGAUCUUGUCUCACUGUAGGUGCUGUUUCCUGUGAUUUUUAACACGCUUUGCAGAGUCUGCAUUUGAAAUUACUUUUAUCACAGAAAAGAAUAUUGAGGAGAAUCUGAAGAUAUUGUUUGACCCACCAUCAACAGGCUCAUGAACAAUUCUGUGCUCUAAUAUCUGUGAAGAACUGUCGUCAGCAUAAAACAAGGAGGGACACUCGGACAGUGCAACACCUGCACCUGACACAGAUUCAGGCAAGUUAAUGUUUUGUGAUUCAGUGACACCAGUAGUAUAUGACCUGUUACUAAAUUUAUUCAUACAAAUGGU